UCCAUGCCCAAAUUCAACUUCUCUCUCAAUAUUAGUCCUUUAAGAGAUGGUUUCCAAAAGCAAUGCAUCACUUGCUCUCUUUCUCUCACUCAACCUUCUCUUCUUUGUCAUUGUUAGUUCAUGUGGCACUUGCUCUUCUCCUAACCCUAAGCCGAAGCCGAAGCCAAAGCCGAAGCCAAGUCCAAGUCCUUCCAAGGGCACCUGCCCUAGAGAUACCCUGAAAUUAGGUGUCUCUGCCAAUUUGCUGAGCUGGGGUACCCCUCCAAAGACUCCAUGCUGCAGCCUCAUCCAAGGCCUCACCGACCUCGAGGCCGCGGUUUGCCUCUGCACUGCCAUUAAAGCAAAUGUUCUGGGCAUCAACCUCAAUGUCCCUCUCUCCAUCAGCUUGCUUCUUAAUGUCUGCGAAAAGAAGGUUCCAUAAGGCUUCAAAUGCGAAUAGAAAACACUUCACUUUCGAUCCUCACUCUGCUAUAAAUUUCUACUGCAAGUUAAAGUGCGUGUGUGCGUGAUAACAACUCGUUAAUUUCCUCUGUUGUAGUGUGGUUGUGUUUUGAUACUAUUAAAUAAUUAAGCUUUCACAAGUCUAAAAUAUCCAAGUGAUUUGGCUCUUACAUAUCAUGUUUACACAUGAUGGAAAUAAAGUUGUAACCGUUUUGUAAGA